AUGGCGGACAACGGCUACGGCUCGCGCGAGAACCUCCGUCGCAGGAGCGGGCCCAGCCCCACCUUUGAUUCGGGCGCACCGGCGGGCGGCUUCUACCAGCCAGGCCAGCCCAUCGGCUUCCUGAAGGCUCGCGGCACCCCCUACGAGAAAAAGUACCUCUCCCGCAAGCUCGGCUUCUGCUGCCUGUUUGUCGCUCCCGGCUUCAUCCUGGUCACGCUCGUCAUUACCCUCGUCCCCGUCCUCUACGCCAUUGGCAACCACGCCCUGCACACCUCGAGCCUGCACGUCUACGCCUCCAACAUCACCUCGCCCGGCAAUGCCUCGUUCCCGCUCACCCUCGAGGGUCAGGUCAAGAAGACCGGCAUCUUCCCUGCCCACCUCUACUUUCGCGAGCCCGUCCAGGUGUUCUGGGUGACGCCGCCGGAAGAGGGCCUGCGUGAGGUCAAUCUCGGCCAGUUCAACCUCGACUACAUUGGCGUCGCUGCCGGACACGGCCGGAUCAAGCAGGCGUCCAACUUCAUCAUCAACGACCAGGCGGCGUUUGGAUCCUUUGCCAGGUUCCUCAUCACCCAGCCCGAGUUCACCUGGAAGCUCCGUUGCGGCAAUGUCCACGUCGAGGCCUUCUCGUUCCUGCCGACGUACAAGAACCUCAAGUUCUCAAAGAACAUCAUCAUCAAGGGGUUCAACAACUUUGAAAACGUCGGCAUCCUCGACUUCCAGCUGCCCGGCGACGACCCGCAGGGCGGCGUCACGCUCCAGGUCACGACCUCGCUCACCAACCCGUCGCCCUUUGGCGUCGAGAUCGGCACGCUGGCGGUGGAUCUCUACUACAAGGGCAUGUACCUGGGCCCGGCCUCGACGAGCAACCUCAACGUCACGGCCGGCACCAACAUCAUCACGCUCAGCGGCCGGCUGAUCCCGCACAACACCAACCAGACGGAGCUGGACCUGCUCGGCGAGCUCUUCACCGGCUACAUCAAUGGCCAGACGCUGCCCACCGAGGCGCGCGGCGUGUCGGCGACGCAGGCCGACGGCUCCAAGGUGGCCUGGCUGUCCGAGGGUAUCACGGCCCUCACGAUCGCCGUGCCGCUCAAGGCCCCGGAGCCCAUCAGCCCCAUCAAGAGCAUCACGAUCGGCUCCCUCGCCCUCGUCUACACGCCCGAGACGGCCUUUAGCCCGACGGCCUUUUCGAGCGCCCUCUCGGCCACGCUUGGCCUUCCGUUCGGCUUCUCGCUCAACAUUGUCAGCACCGCCAACACCAUCACCCUGCUCUACAACGGGGCCCAGGUCGGCACGAUCCAGGGCGCCUACUCGAACACGACGACCAAGCUCGACCUGAUCAGCGCCGGCCAGACGGCAGGCACGCUCGACCUGACGCUGCCGCCGUCGCUCCUGACGCUGCCCAACCAGACCGAGGCGGCCAAGACGGAGCUCGAGAACUUCCAGAAGUACUUCACCUUCAGCUCCGGCACGGGCAUCCGGCUGCAGGGCGCGGCUCGCGCCCUCACCGACACGCCCCUGGGCCGCGUGGUGCUCAACGGCAUCCUCUUCGACGUCGACAGCGGCAUCCUGGGCCUGCAGGGCCUGACCGCUUACCCGACCAUCAUCAACACGGUCGACGUCGUCGGCGGCAGCCGCGACGGCAUCAACCUCGUCGUCGGCACCACGCUCGUCAACCCGUCCAACCUCAACCUGACCAUUGGAGACAGCAUCCUCCAGCUCGCCAAGGACGGCUCGACGCUCGGCACCGUCACCCUGCCCAACCUCAACCUGAUGCAGGGCCGCAACGACAUCAACGCCACGUCGGUCUUCAACCCCAACGUCAGCCCGCAGGGCUACGAGACGCUGAACCGUUUCAUCUCGGGCCAGGACACGCUGCUCGACAUCAACGGCUUCCAGGGGUCGAGCCAGGUCGAGUCGCUCGUGCCCGCCCUCUCGGCGCUGCGCCUCAACGCGACGCUGCCCGGCCUGACGUCGAGCCUGGUCAAGUCGGCCAACCUGACCGUGCUCGACACUACGGGCAUCACCGACGACGUUGCCAACUCGGUCGUCUUCCUGGCCAACCCGUUUACGUCGCCGCUGACCAUCACCCGGAUCCGCUCCAACGUCACCUCGCACGGCAUCUUUGUGGCAAGCAUCGACACGCCGCUCAACUUUGCCGCGGCCGGCAAGGCGACGACCCAGUCGCCGCCCAUCCCGCUCAGCCUCAACCUGUACCCGCCGGACAUUUUCGGCCUGGUGCGUGCCCUGGCGGUCCAGUCCGGACAGAACCCUGCCUACAUCGACGGCGUCGUCCAGCUCGGCGGCUACACCCUGACCCCCGCCACCGAGGCCAACACCAUGACCCGCCGCUCGCUCGAGGAGCGUGCCUUUGGCGGCGAGGACGGCGACGAGGCAUCGGACACGUUCGACCUGUUCGAGGACGACGAGAUGGCCCAGACUCUGGCGGGCGUCGGCAACAACGCCGCCGCUCUGGCCGACAUGGCGGCUCGCGAGCAGGAGGCGCCGGCCUGGCGCUACGUCAAGCGGGACGAGGACCUUUCUGCCCUCGAACCCGCCCCCAAGGCGCUGUCGAGCCACGAGGUCCGCCAGGCGCUGCUGCAGAAGCGCGACAACCUGUACACCGGCUUCGACCUGCCCACCUACAUCUCGCGCGGCUUCUCGGUGGCCACCGCCAACCUCGAGAUCGCCUCGGACGCCCAGAUUGGCGACUACAGCACCCAGCUCACCUUCUCGCAGAGCAACGUGCCGCUCGGCACCGACGUGACGCUCAACAAGCUGCUCCCCGUGCUCGCCGGGCCCAUUGUGCAGAAGAUUGUCGACGGCGCCAUCCUGGCCAUCGACCGGGUCACGAUCCUGGACCCGCAGCCCAACUCGUUCCGCACCGCGCUGCAGGGCACCAUCACCAACGCCGGUCCCUUUGACGCCGUCAUCCAAUUCACCGAGGGCCUCACCAUCAGCUGGGAGGGCCGUCCGCUGGGCCAGAUCGCCUUCCCCAACGUGUCGCUGGCCGGCGACGUCGGCGCGACGCUCGAGCUCGAGGCGCAGUUUGCCGUCGCCGACGUGGGCUACCUCACCGAGUUCACCAAGUACCUCCUCACCCAGCAGAGCUUCGUCUGGAACAUUGCUGGCAAGGGUCUCAAGGUCAGCGCGCUCGGCAUCGCCGUGCCCGACGUGACGAUCUCCAAGGACGUCAUCCUGUCCGGCUUCAACGGCCUCAAGAACAGCGUCAUCAUCAACUCGUUUGACCUGCCGUCCAACGACCCGGCGGGCGGUAUCCGACUGACGGCCGACACAACCAUCUACAACCCGUCGCAGGUCGGCGUCCAGCUCUCGAGGUUCGGCGUCGGCAUCACGCGCAACGGCAGCUACAUCGGACCGAGCGCCGCCGAGUCCGAGUUUGUCCUGCAGGCGCUGGCCGUGACGACGCUGCCGCUCGUCGGCCGACUGGUGCCCCAGACCUCGGACGCCGGCCUCGCCGCGCUCUCCGAGAUCUUCACCAACUUUGUCGGCGGCGUCAACACCGACGUCACCAUCAACGGCGACUACGCCGGCCCCGACUCGGUCCGCUGGCUCAACGACGGCAUCAAGGUGCUCCAGACCAUCGUCGCCCUGCCGGCGCAGAAGUUCACCGUCAUCCGCAGCAUCAGCCUCAACCAGCUGUCGCUCUUCUUCACGCCCCAGACGGCCUGGUCGCCCUCGACGAGCUCGACCAACACGACGUCCAACUUCUUCAUCCCCUUCGCCUUCCCGAUCGACAUCCAGCAGGUCGGCGGCGGCUUCAUCGCAAACUACCUCAACCGCGACGUCGCCGUCCUCGACAUCCCGCUGUCGCCCUCGAUCACCGACGUCGUGGCGCGCAUCCUGACGCUUAUGUUCACCAACGUGCCCUUCGCCGUGUACGGCGACCAGCACCCGGCCUUUUCGCAGUUCCUCGCCGACACGACCGCCGGCACGCAGGUGAGGUUCAACCUCAACGGCAAGGCCGACACCAAGGCCAACACGGCCGCCGGCCUGGUCUCGAUCACCAACAUCCCCUUCAACGUCGACACCAACAUCCUGGGUCUGCAGAACCUCGGAGCGCGGCCAGUCACCGUGUCGGACCUCGACGUGUACCACGGCUACCCGUCGUACCUGCUGAUCAAGAUCACCGCCACCCUCUUCAACCCGUCGGACAUCACCAUCGGCACCGGCGACGUCGUCUUUGACCUCUACUUCAUGGGCAAGAAGAUCGGCACCGCCAACAUCUACAACCUCGUCCUCGUCCCCGGCGAGAACCGCGUGCCGACCGACGUCAAGUACUCGCCCCAGGGCGCGGCCAACGUGGCGGCGGGCCAGAUGCUGCUCGAGAACUACGUCCAGGGCAUCGUCUCGGACACCAUCAUCCAGGGCACGCGCGACACGACGCCCAUCGAGUCGCUCAAGCAGGCGCUCUCGGGCAUCAGCCUCAAGGCCUCGAUCCCGCCGCUCAACCAGCUCCUCAUCAUCCAGGCCGCCCUGGUGAUCCCGAAGGACAUUGCGCAGUCCGGCUUCGCCCAGGCCACCUUCAUGCUGCAGAACCCUUUCACCGCGUCGAUCAACCUGCUUCAGGUCAAGGCCGACGCGUCGUACCAGGGCAUCUUCCUCGGCGAGAUCAACGAGAACCUGCGUCGGCGCGUCAUCUCGGCGCCGGGCAAGACGACGAUCGAGUCGUACCCGCUGCCGUUCAAGUUCAACCUGGACCCCAAGACGCUCAUCCGCUUCGUCUCGGCCGCCGCCGCCAACACGGGCACGUCCCUCGGGCCGCUGCCGCCGCUCUUCGACCAGGUGCUGGCGCAGGAGUCGACCGACACCACCGUCAGCCCCUACCCCGACGACAGCCCGCCGCCGUGCAGCUCCGGCAACCAGUUCGACGUCCAGGGCGCCGUCCUCCGCCUGCUCCAGGGCCUCACCACGACCCUCAACGUCGAGUCGACGGUCAAGCUCGACGACUACCAGACGGACCUCAACUUUGUGCAGCAGCCCGUGCCCACCAAGACUGACCAGACCGCCCUCUACCUGCUCGGCCCGGCGGGCGCGCCCAUCGUCCAGAACCUCGUCAACCAGGCCACGCUGACCGUGGCGAUCGCCAACGUCACCGAGGUCACCAACACGGGCUUCAAGGUCGACCUCCAGGGCGCCCUGCUCGGCACCGGUCCGUUUGACGCCUACAUCGAGUUCCCCGAGCCCCUCACCGUCACCUGGCAGGGCAGCGACAUUGCCACCCUGUCGCUGCCGCCGAUCUGCGCCUUUGCCAACGAGGGCGUGCCCAACCUGGUCACCUCGGGCCAGCUCCAGAUCACCAAUUUGCGCCGCUUCACCGACUUUGCCACCUACAUCCUGCACAACCCCGGCUUCCAGUGGACCGUCAGCUCGCGCAAGCUGCGCGUCCGCGCGCUCGGCAUCGCGUUCAGCAACGUCAUCAUCUCGAAGAACAUCGACUUCAAGGCGUUCAACAACCUGCCGGGCGUCGAGACGUUCAACUUUGACAUCCCCGGCGAGACGAGCAACUCGCUCAUCAUCCAGACCGGAGCGAGGAUCCCGUCGCCCGCCACGCUGGGCAUCCAGCUCGACACGGCCAACUUCGAGAUCUUCUUCAUGGGCACCGACAUCGGCCCCGUCAACUCGCGCAACCUCUUCCUCGCCGCGCUCACCACGACGACGACCGAGCUCUACGGCCAGAUCACGGCCAAGUCCGGCCAGGGUCUCGCCAACACGGGCAUCCUCUUCACCAACUUCCUCCAGGGCAAGGACCAGAUCCUCCAGGUCAAGGGCGUCUCGGUCGUCACCCAGGCCAACGGCAACCAGCCCGUCAACUGGCUCUCAGCCGCCUUCCGCACCCUGACGCUCGACGUUCUGCUGCCCGGCAAGAUCUACCAGAUCAUCUACUCGAUCACCAUCUCGGACCUGACCGUCAAGCUGAUCGGCAAUCCGGCCGACUCGUACACGGUGCCCUCGGGCUCCAACUCGACCAUCGCCACGUUUGCCAACCCCUUCAUGUUCAGCCUGCAGCCGAUCCAGGCCGCGCCGGCCAUCCAGAUCGUUUACAACGGUGGCGACACGGCCCGCCUCAACCUGCCCAAGUCCAACGUCCAGGCGGGCACCUCGCGCGGGCCCCAGGACUUCCAGAUCCUCCAGCUCAUGUGGCGAGACGAGCCCAUCGUCGCCGGCGACCGGCCCAACUUCCAGGCCUUCUUCGCCCAGCUCACCGACACGCCCCGCGGCACCUUCGACCUGCGCGGAUCGACCGACGUCGUGGCGCGCACCGUCAUCGGAGACAUCCCCAUCGGCGGCAUCCCCUUCAACGUCACCACCACCCUCACGGGCAUCAACAGCUUCAACGGCGUCACGUCGCUCUCGGACGUCAUGGUCAGCAGCGGCUCGCCCGACUUUAUCUGGAUCCCGCUCAAGGUCACGCUGUUCAACCCGUCCAACCUCACCGUCUUCACCAACGAGGUCUUCCUGCCCGUCCUCUUCCUCGACACGUUUGUCGGCCGCGCCGAGAUCCCCGUCCUCGGCCUCAUCCCGGGCAACAACCUGGUCCAGUCGUACUUCUACUACGCGCCCACCAACGCCAACGACACCAACGCACAGCUGCUGCUCAACCGCUAUGUGCAGCCCGCGCUCAGCGACGGCAAGAGCCCGCAGAGCGCCGACCUGGUCAUCGACGGCUCGCGCGGCCCGCAGACCAACCUCACGCCCUACGACUCGCUCCGUCCGGCGCUGGCCGGCGUCAAGCUCACCACGACGCUGCAGGGCGUGGCGCUGCGCAUCGUGACCCAGGUCAACGUCUACAUCGGCCUCGAGACGCUCCUCUCGGGCAUCGGCAACAUCAUCCUCGGCAAGGCGGCGCCCACGACGGUCGAGAUCACCAUCUCGCUCGUCAACCAGCUCGACACCAACCUCUACCUCGACGGCCUUCAGACCUCGGCCAAGAUUGCCGGCUCCAACCCCAAGGACGCCAGCAACCCGGACGCCACCGUGUCGUACACGUUCCCGAAUCCGCUCGCCGUACCCGCCAAGGGCGGCACCGCCACCUCGGGCCGCAUCCCCAACGUCGUCCUAACCCAGGGCCUGCUGGGCAGUCUGGACGUCAUUGGCAAGAACCUCGACCUGUACAACCAGAUCACGGCCAACCUCGGUCAGUCGGCGGGCGACAGCUACCGCAUCCCGGCGCUCAUCUACAACGAGCUCGACGUGCCGGCCACCUACUUUAUCGACGCAUCGCCGCUGCCCAUCCAGCUGCCCCUCAUCGGUGGUCUGGAUGACCUCAUCGGCCUGCUCGGUGAGCUUGGCGCUGCACCCGGCAUCGCACAGCUGCUGGGCCAGCUGGCCCAGGGCGGUCUCCUCGGCGGCGUCACUGGCGUCGGCGCCCAGCUGCUCUGCGGUCUCUCCGGCAUCCCGGCCGUCGGAGGCAUCCUCGGCGGUCUCCUCGGCGGCAUCCAGCGAAACGCCAGCUGCCCCGGCGCGCCCCCGGCCCCGACGACGGCGUCGUCGAGCGCGACGACCAACCUGCUCAGCUCGGCCACGUCGGCUCUCGCGAGCGGCGCUGGCGCUGCCACCUCUGCCGUCGGCUCGGUGGCGUCCGAGGCGGCAGGUGCCGUCACCAGCGCCGUUGCAGCGGUCCCUCUGCCGUCGAGUCGGGCGCGGCGGCCGUCACCAGCGCUGCGGGCGCAGCCGUGA